ACAAAACACGACCAGAAGAAAAAGGCAAAAAAUGCAAAACUCACAAAACUAAACAAAAGUGUAUCGUGAAUGUGAAUAUUUUUUUGUGAAAUUUCGAGACUACAAACCGUUGCCAUAAAUCCAAAACUAUUGGAAACAGUUUAUAUCAUCACCAAUAAGCCGUUGCAUCAUGAAUCGCCUGGGUGCGUGAGAAAAAUUGUAGCUGUUUUUUGCCAUAAUAGUGGAAUCAAGCUUCAAAGGAUCAGCCGCAGAGUAUGAUGGACAUUUGCCGUCUGACUUCGGACGGCCAACCGGACAGCCUGAAAAUGGUGGAGAUCGACUUCCAGGCACUGUGCCGGAUAUGCGGAGCCCUAGGAGAGAAUUUGACUGCGGUGUACGGCAAGCGAGCGGCCGAUCGAUUGCGCGAACGGAUCGCCAAAUAUCUGCAGAUUGACAUCCUGGCCGAGGAUUGUCUUCCGACGAAGAUAUGCGACGGCUGUCGGGAGACGUUGGAUAGGUUCCACGAGUUGUUUGAAAAGUGCCACCGGACGGACGAGAAGUUCCGAACGAUGAUGAGCUCCAGUCAGGAACUGAAGGAGCUGACGAUCGAAGAAGUGGAGGAACAGCAGGAAGAUGAACCAUCAAAAACGGUGACGGAGGACAAAGCUGAAGCAGAGGAAGAUACGCCACCGGCGAAGAAAUCCAAAGAGACUAAACGAAAUUCGAAGCAGGAAGAGGUAGUGGAUGAUUCACCGGAGAACAAAGGCAAACGCUUUACCCGCAGUUCUAAGGCCUUUACGUGCACGUUCUGCAAAUCGAAUGGUACCAUCAAAUCAAACACCUUCGCCAGCAAGACCAACUUGGUAGAUCACCUGAAAGAUCAGCACGCAGAUCAAAUAUUCCACUGCGAGCAGUGCGAUAACUACCUGGAUAGGAACAUACUUAUUCAGCACAUGACCAUGCACGCCCUCAGUAUGUUCACCCAAACAGGUGGCCAAAACGAGUCCCAACCAGAGGACGAGGACGACCACGAGCAGCAAACUUCCGGGGUCGACUUGGAGGAAGGCGAGGGCAGCCAAGAAACUAUCGAAGGCAAAUCCGGCGAGGGGACGGAAUUAGCCAACAAAGAAAAUGACGCCAAAUCCCCACCCCCGACUGAUUCGGCUGAUGUCGUCGAUGGCUCUCCCGCGGCCGAAACCAAACCCGGGGAAACCCGGAAGCUUUAUUGCUACAUAUGCGAGAAAACCCUGGCCAAUCGAAGCGCGUAUUCGUACCACAUCAAUCAAGUGCAUUUGAACAUCAAAAAAUUCUCCUGCACGCAUUGUAGUAAAAAAUUCGGAAACCAAAGACUCUUAAACAACCACGUGGCGGGAGUGCACUCGCGCGAUCGGAACUUCACCUGCGACACCUGUGCCAAGCGGUUCAAGACGAACGUCGCCCUGUACAACCACCAGCGCAUCCACGACGAUGCGGCCGUCAAGUUUUCCUGCACGUUCUGCGAUAAGAAGUUCCGCUACCGGAACCACCUCACUAGUCACCAGCUGGUCCACAUGAACGAGCGCAACUUCCCCUGCAACCAGUGCGACAAGAAGUUCAACAACCCGGAAUGCCUGCAGAAGCACAAACUGACGCACGUGGAGACCCUGCCCUAUCAGUGCCCGCUGUGCGGGUUCAACACCAAGCAGAAGCGGUAUCUGGUGAUGCAUGCCAAGCGGAUCCACAUGGUACGGUAAGCGGUGGGCCGGUAGACUUAAGAUUGAACGAACAGAUUUCAUUCCGUUCUUUUCCGUUUCUGGAAAAAAAAAGCAGAAAAUAAUAGGAAGAGGAACUAACAGAUCGCCCGUGACGGUAUCGGACAAAACAAAGGCGAUUACGGAGUAAUUGUUUAUUUCUUUAGAAUUUUGCCAGCCAAAUGACUUGGUUCAAAUUCUGGCAUUCUAUCAACUGGUUCACCAAAUGAAUGUUGGGUUACGUUUGAUAA